AAGCGUUUAUGUUUUUGUGAAACCAUCUCCUUUUAUUCUUCCAUUUGCAAUCCUGUUGCCGCUGGGAUUGCAUCUCUCCAAUGUUCUCAGCUUCACAUUUGCUAAUAACUAAUAACCACUGGCCGACCUUUCCUCGGUAUCGUUUUGGCGAAGGUUUCUACGUUUUUACAGAUUACCGUCGUAAUGCCUUGGUCUUUCGGCGUGGCAGGGCAAAGGAAUAUAGUCCGAAACGCGUACGGAUUGCAAUUGGAAUGUUUCUCGUCAGCAAAGUGAUCGGUCACUAGCUAGCAAACCAACAGCAGCCCACCAGGCGACGUUUGCGUUUUGGCCUUCACGUGCUUGUUUUGUUAACAACCAUCCAAUAAGAAAACCCAAAAACCAUUCCAAUCGCUAGCUAAUAUUCAUAUAUAUAUAUAUGACAUUUACCGGUUCUCUUUGUUGUUUUUUUCUUCUUCUUCUUCCUGAUAUGGAAUUCGUCAAUGACAAUGGAUAUAAACAAAACAACACUAUAAUUAAUCGAUCAGAAAAAGAGUUCAUGAUAGUAAUGUAAUUGGAGGAGACAGAAAUACGAAUGAGCGGGCUGCAUUGAAACGUAAUAUUGGGUGAGAGAUGUUAAGGCCUUAUCGACUAUUCUGUCUUCUAAAUUUGUUACGAAUUUUACGUGUAAUUUUACCCAUAUUUCAAAUUUUAAUGGGAUUAUAACCCCUAUUGGCUUCAACCUAGCUCUUCCACUAGGUUUUUAGCAUCAGAAAAGGAAUAUUCAUGGUAGUACUGCAUGCGGGUUAAUUUGGAGCAAAUGGCAAAACCUACAGAGCAGCCAUGGGAGUGAAACAGCUAGCACACAGGCACUUAAGAACUCCAGCUCACGAAAUUGCUAUUAUGUAUUUUUGGUCCGACAGACUUUUGUCCUAAUAUGAGAAUUUUUCUUGAAAUAAUUAGUCAUAGGAUGAGAAUUCUUCCAAUUGAUAAUUAAUUUCGUCCGACUUGCAAAAACAAUGCAUUAGUACUAAAUAUAUUACAUAUAUUGUAAUAAUUUUAAUACAAGGUCAAAGUUUUAACCAUUCAUAGUGAUAGAGACUAGCUAGACUUUUGCGAUAUCGUUCGCUCAAAAUAAACAUAAGCGUGCAUCGUUGUUACUUGUUAGAUGCUCCCAUGCAUUCCGAGCACCGGACACCCGAGCUAAGUUUAUGCAUCUAGCUUGCUACUUGUUGGUUGUUACGUAUAGAGUGAAAAUGCUAACAAAUGAAUUAAUGAGCCCCUACCUCAAAUCGAGUUAUAAGAUAGUAAUUUCUACCUUCAAUGGAUGUCUCAUCCAAGAGAUCCUACUUAAGUGACAUGAUUCGAUCCAUUUAGACUAGUCAUUCAUUACAAAUAUUUCAUUUUGACUACUGAUAAUCCUGAUUAGACAAACAAGUUCAAUAAUGCCCAUUUAUCAAGUUAAAUUCUUUUUUGGUACAGUAUCAAGUUAAUUUUUAUUUAUUUAUUUUUGACCGAUGAGCAGCUUCACAGCUCGCUACCUUUUAGCCCAAUAAUUUAAUCUUCCCAAAAUCGGCCGGCCGGAAAAAAGACAAAAGGCCUUUUGGGCCGCACGCUCCGUAUAUAAAAACCUCGGACCAAGCCCAUUCCUUUUCCCUCCCUCCCUCCGCCAACUUCCUAAUUCCCUCGUCGUUUUAUUUUAACAAUACUUCUUCUUCCCAAAAAACGCUGCCAUGAGGAAGCGCCUCAACAAUCUCAAGCGCUCUUUCUCGUCCUUCCAUUUAUGCCGGACCAAAAGAGGCGACGCCGUCGCCCCAACCGCCGCCGCUUACCGCCUCUCGCCCUACAAUCCCAAAGCCCGCGACACCAAUUUCCCCAAGUUCCCGUCUCCUCCGCCCACCACCCCCGACGACCGCCGCCGCCCCCUCGCCAAUCAGCCGCGGCGGAUGGUGCCGAGUCACUCGAGGUCGCCGCUUCUCCACGACAACCUGUCUGCGUCGGAUUGCGACAGCGACUCGAUCGAAUCCGCAAGGAGGAGCGACGCCAGGUGGCAGGCCAGGACCAAUUACGCGAACAAAAUCAGCCUCCACAGCUGCGAUUUCGGGCCGGGCGGCGACCCGGACCCGGAAUCUCGGAACCCUAAAUUGGAAAACGGGAGCAAAAAGAGCGGCGCCGUGGUGGCGCCCUGCGACGAGGGGGACGAAGAAACGGAGGAGGACGGCGCCCGCGACGGCGACGAGACGGAGAGCUUCCGCUACUCCUCCAGAAGCUUCUCCUUCGACGAUACCUCGUGCGAGUUCAACCGCGCCGGGGAGACGACCGGGAGCGAGAACGAGGAAGUGAGGUUACUGCGGCGGGCGGCGGAUGACGGUGGCGAGGAGAGGAUUCCGAACCCGACUGACAUGCGGCGGCAGGUGCUUAUGGGGUUGAGAUCUCCUUCUCCGGCGGGGGAGCUGGACGGCGGCGGCGGGUCGAUGGGGGAAGCGAUGGCGGUGGUGAGGAAAUCGACGGAUCCGAAGGGGGAUUUCAAGAGGUCGAUGUUGGAGAUGAUAGCGGAGAAGGAGAUUUACGACGCGAAGGAAUUGGAAGAACUGCUGCAGUGCUUGCUGUCGCUGAAUUCCAGGGAGUAUCAUGGAGAUAUCGUGGAGGCCUUCUCCGAGAUCUGGAAAGUGAUCUUCAUCGGUGACUGAGAAACUACGAAUUUACACGCUUUAACUCAAACGCCGGCCAACAUCGUUCAUAGCAAAUCUUACAUAAUAAUUGAAAUGGCGAGGGACAUAAUUCAGGACAUAAUGCUAUGUUCAAUACGAUCGGAAAAAAUUCGGUAUUCAAAUUCGAUAUGAACGAAUGAGUAUGAUAUGACUGUCGUUGAUUUAUAAAAUUUUACAUUUUUAAUAGUCCAUAACUAUAACGAAUGACAUUAAUAUCAUUUCAGUGAGUGGUUAUUUAAAAUUGUGCCGAAACAUGAUUGAACGAUAUACACGUUUUUUUACUAAUUAAUCUAUAUCUUGUUUUUUUAAUUGUCAUUUGUGAGUUUAUGUAUAUAACUUCGGGUUAAAGACAUAUUUGGUCACUGAGAUUACAAAAUCGGGACAUGUUUAGUCACUAGAAAAAGUUAAUAUCAAAUUUGGUCACUACAAUUACUAAAACUGGACACAUUUAGUCACUCGCCGUUAGUUGCCGUCCAACUCCGUUAAAAGAGUCCGUUAUGUGCUGACGUGGCUAACGUGAGCGCCUAGUCAGCGCCGUUUUGGGCAGGAAAUGGUCAAACCCGACCCACCACGUCACUAAACCCGCCACGUAUUAAACCCAACCCAAUCCAUGAACCCAACCCGACCUAGAAAUAAACCCUAACCCACCUAACCAUACCAGAUCCCACUUAAAAAAAAGAAAAAAGAAAACUGAUUUAUUUCCAUUUCAGACCCAAAAACCCUUCUCCUUCCUCGAGAGCUCUUCCCCUUUGUGUGCCUCACUGCCCUCCCGGAGGACAUCCUCCGCCACAUCCUGAUCGCCGCCGAUCUGGACCUAAAAACCACCGCCCAGACCUUUGUUCUGUCCCUCCGCUGGCGCCACCUCUGGCGAUCCGCCCUCCGCGAAAUCCGCCUCGUUCCUGCGCCGCCGCGACGCCACCGUGAGAAACCGCUGCUCUUUCCGGGAUGAGCAGAAGCUGCUAUUUCGAGCCAAGGUCCCGCUGAGCAUUCUGGGCUUACUUUUUCAGUCUGGGAUCAUCGCCCGCGAGGCCAAGGAGCUCUCUCUCAACCAGUCGACAUUCUUCGAUUCCGGCCCGUCCUUCAAGGUCCCCUACCGUCCAAUGAUUCCUGGAAUCCGUUCUCACUCGUGCUCAAGACAGGGUCGGGGUCGUUCGGCUCACCGACGUCAAGCCCGAUGGUGAUGAGUAGAAGUCACGGCUAGCACGAAUCUCCCCAUGAGGAGUCACGCCGUGAUGAGUUUUCGGUGGGGGCUUAGGGUUCCAUCAGAUAACAAAUUGGGGGGGCGGAGUAGCUAGAGACCUCGAUUCGAUGGCUGUCGCGAUUAAUUUCAAGAGGAUCUCGUUCCUGGUGAUGAACAAGAUCGGGAUUGAACACGUCAACCAAUCUUAUUCAAUUGGGGCUUAGGGUUUUGUUGUAUGCUGCGAUGGGGGAAAAUGACGUCGGCGCGUGACGAAGAAGAAGAACAGAGCGACUUCGAAGGAGGAUAUUAGGGUUUCGUUGUCUACUGUGAUGGGGGAAAAGCAACUUCAAAGCAGGAUGGUAUAGAGAUUGCGAGGAAGAAGAAAGAGUUUCGGGUCUGAAAAUGGCCCCUAACCCGAUCUAUUUUGCAAUUUUGUUAACUCAAGUGGGCUCGGGUUUGGUUUUGGUCGAUUGGGUUCAUAGUUAGGUUGGGUGUAUGACGUGGCGGGUUUAGUGACGUGGCGGGUCGGGUUUGACCAUUUCCUGCCCAAAACGGCGCUGACUAGGCGCUCACGUUAGCCACGUCAGCACAUAACGGACUCUUUUAACGGAGUUGGACGGCAACUAACGGCGAGUGACUAAAUGUGUCCAGUUUUAGUAAUUGUAGUGACCAAAUUUGAUAUUAACUUUUUCUAGUGACUAAACAUGUCCCGAUUUUGUAAUCUCAGUGACCAAAUAUGUCUUUAACCCAUAUAACUUCUAACGUGUUUUUAACUAAGAAAAGUUCUAUACAAGC